UGUGUGUGUAAUUGAUGAUCAGGCAGACUGCUAUUUAAACGGAUAUAUAAAUCCAAAUAAUGCAACGGAAGUCUGUAAUCCUUCUGUAUCUACAGGGAAUUGGACAGUGUUAAACAGGACCGAAAUCAAGAUUCGAAGAUAUGGCUUCCUGAGUUUGGUUGGUAACAGAAUGAACACCCUAACACCUAAUGUUUGGUUCACUGUUUACGGCACAACACCUACGGGACAAGGUCCCACUGGUUUGGCUAUCUGGUUAGAUGGAGUCAACCAAUAUAUUGAUAUGAUCAACCAGUCUUCUCCAUGUCUGCACGAUUUACUUAAAUGCAGAUAUGGAUUAACUGUCAUAUUCAACCUGUACUUGCACGAAUUCAGAACGAAAAUGUAUAUCUUUACUAAUGGUGGUGAUGAAAAAGGUUUUUAUGGAAUGUCUAUGUGGCACGAAAGAAAACGAUUAUUUCUGAGCAUAAGUACAAAAUCUAAAAUUUGGAAUGUUAACACAAAAUUCAUAACUUUACGAAAAUACAUAAAGAUUCAAUUUUCCUGGAGCCCCCAAUUUGGAAUUCGUUUAUAUUUUGAUGAUUUGUUAGUUGCACAGAGCAGUAGAUUCUACAAAAGAUAUGCCAAUAAUCUAGCCGAUAAAUUUACUGUGGGUUGCUCCCUCAAUCAGCAAUACUUCUUUAGGGGAGCUAUAGACGGCUGGAACGUUAUUGAAGCAUUUAUCGAUACGAUAAAAGCCUACAAUAUAAGCUUUGAUGUUCCAGAGCUCACCGAAGACCCGAUUCUGGAGUUCGUUUUAGAUGAAACUUCACAAGAAACCAGAUUUUUGUGUAAAAUUAAAGCGGGUCUUUCUGACAUUGAAUACACCGUACGAUGGUACCAAAACGACAAGAUCAUCAAAGAAGAAACCCUGAUCGGCAGAACAGUGGCGUCUUUAAUGGAGGACGAUAUUGAACAACUGUUCUACGAGGAUCAGAUUAAAUGUUCUGUUUCCCCUUGUGUACCUGGAAACUGUGAAAGUCUUCGAGGAUCCUGGAAACACAGCAACGCAUUCAUUGCCAAAGUCAAAGUAGUCAGUGAAACGCAGAUUAUUAUACAUGAAAGAUCAGGGUAUGGUAUGAUAAACGUCACCAGCAAUAUUCCACCUACACUUUUCUGUAGUAAAGAGUCCAGGAAUAUAAGUUGUGAAGUCGCCAUAACUACAGAAUUAGCAAAAUAUUGGUGGGAUUUGAAAUGCCCUGGGUCGCUUUGUCCAAUUAGCCAAGUGGUGUUUGGUGUGUUCAACUCACCAACUUAUCAACGACCUUGUUCUCACCUGAUCACCACGGAUACCUGGCAUUCAGGAGUAAUAAUUCCAGUGAAGGCUGCAGUAGAUACGCUUAUGGAUGGAGAUCAGACAAGAUUUAUUCGUGUAUUUUUUACGACUGUGAAUGAAACUAAGCUGAUUUCCACUGUUCAGGUAACAGUUGUUGAUGAAGAUAAGAUAGCAGUGUGUUCCUCAAUAAAUGACCCACAUAUCACAACGUUUGAUUCGAGGUACUACGACAACUAUUUGGAGGGAGAAUUUAUGUGACACCCACAAAG